UCAGGUUUCAGGAUUGGCGCUUUCGUUCUGAAACCUGCGAUGCCGCUUUUUGUAUGUUCGGCAUCGAGACGUGGUCAAAGAUGCCAAUAAUGCCGGGAAACCCAUCGUUGCCGUCGGGAGAUGCAUUGUUUCCUUCGCAUUGUCGCACUUCCAUGACCAAAGAGGAUUACGCCGAGCCUCUUAUCAGCUUAUCAGGCGAUGAGAGUGGAAACCAUCAUCGCAGCCGCGUGGGAUAAGGUACAACCGAUUUCUCCGGCGAAUCGACGAGCGUCCUCGCAAGCGGUCGCUUUCCGGCCACGAGCCUAGUCUUCUCGGUGGACCCUCGUGGCUGUCUAUCCUGCGGGCCCUCUUCCCUCUGUCUUCAAUUUUGGAGUAUGAGUGGACUCCCAAGAUUGGCAUCCGAGUCAACGGGUCUUUCUCGUUUGGAAGAAACUAACUUGUCCUGGAUUGCUGUGCUUCAUCCGCCAUGAUGGAGUGAUGCAUGUUGCUCCAUUUGAGAAUAAUCAAGGAUGAGAAGACGGCCUUCCUCCGAGUGGUCUGGUUACUGUCUGAUGGGCUUAACGGCUUCCUGGCCAACCUUGUCCAGCCUUGGCAAUCUCAUCGCUGCGCGUGUUCAUUCGACCCAGCUCGUUGCCACAGCAGGGGUGUCAGCUUCGGGUUUAUGGAGAGGCUCUAUCCUGACCCGGUCCAUGCCAAUCACCGGCUCAGCUUCCUUCUCAAGUGAUAUCACUCACUCUGGUUAGGGCGAUCGGCUUUGUGCGACCGAAGGAAGUAACAUGAUAGGACAUUGUGAGGCUGGACAAGAGCUGCUGUGACGACACGGAGCUCAAAAACACCGAGGAACUCGAUGAUGCUUGUUGCCUGUCCACCUCAGGCUGACAAGGGGCCCCGCGAUGUUCGGUGGGCCACUUUAUCUGCGAUUGAAGCGGAUAGGCUGGGGCAGAUUCAUCCAGAAGGCGAUGGCUGAAGCUCAUUGAUGGCGGUUCAAGUUGUUUGGAACACUAACUCCUUCCUCUUCUUAGUUGCUGCUCUUUCACGCGCUUGAAACGAGGCUGACGGAACCGACGUUACGGAGCCCAGAUACCGGGUCGUACAGAUCUCGGGUAAGUUAGGAAGCCUCAACCAUCUCAAACCUCUUCAAACCAACACCAAUGUUCCUCCUUCACGAAGAGAUGCCUCGCAGUCGACCAUGGUACAGCGGAUUCGAUUCGGACCAUUCAUGGCCUCGCCUUCUUCCGGCCAAAAGCCGUUGAGCAGGAUAUCAGCGCUCAGUUGAAAGGUCUCCUUCCGCAGCACAGCCAGCGCUUCAGGACUCGGGCAUCAAGGCUCCCAAGGCUUUUCCGGACCAGACGGACUGCCCGAUAUCGUCCGCCCCGCUAUACUCCUCCCAUGCCGCACCGUACGGAGUUAGGCUUGUCUUGACGUCUCGAGUAUCGACUCUUCUCGGCCGGUCCUAUAUCGGGUGCAGCAACGAGCCCAGCAGCGCUCCGGUGAGCGGCCGCUGUCGGCAUCCCUAUAUGUACUCCAGAGGACCUUUGUCUUUCUGAGGCAUGGAGACAAUUUCACAAGCGCUCUUGUCUCCGAUUUGUCUAGGCUAUUUACGGCUAAAUCGCCUACCACUUACAGGGGUCAAAGCGUGCUGUAGCAUGGGAGCCGCGGUUAUCUAACUGGACAAGCAUUGACGGCUUCAUCCAGGGUGAUGGCCGCCACGAGUCAACAGCCCAAGGAGCUGAGGCUGGGAGAGACGAAUCUGAAUCAUUAUUAGUGGUACGGGAUAGAUCUGGGGCAAGCAAGGUAAAGUCGAAGCACUGGUCCAGGCUCCAGAGCAGGGGCAUUCCAGUCGAUCGUGGGCCAGUCGCAUUGAGAACACCGAUUUUCUUUUCUUCUGCUUCAAUGCGAUUGGCGGACUUAUCCUCAUGAGGCCACCACUAGGAAGGGCGUCAAAGGGACAGGGCUUUUCCAUGGUACUUUCGUCCCACCGCAUAGGUCCGUAUUUAUUGAGCUGGAAUUGGGAGUGCCAUAUGCGAGGACGCAGCCACGACUGCGGACGGAAUUCAAAAGUCCGGUCUAUAAUUGGAGAGCAUCUUGAGGUUGACAGUAUUAAGCUCGGAUUCAGAGUGGAAACUCGUCUUCUUCUCGACUAGCGGCCAUCCUUGCAGUAGCCUGACUUUCUACCGAAGUCAAGUCGACGAAUCGACUCAGUCAGUGGCUUCUCGAACUCCCCGCCCGGGAUGAAACUCUAAAGCCUUGCUCGGCUUGCCACCGACCGCUGGUAUUUGUAUUACAAGCGUCACCGGUACGCGUACAAUCUAGAAUUGAAGAGUCAGACUCGAAGAAUUAUUGAUGAAGAGCAGAAUCGUUCUUAAGAUACUUUUUGGAGAGCUAGGAGUAUAAGAGUCAAUAUAGCAUAUAUACAUUUUACUCUCCCGGAACCAGAGUUAAGCAUCUUAGCUCGAACAGCCAGAGUCGGUCCGCGCAGCACUGACGAUUUUCGCUUUCUUACGGCGGGAAACCCAAAAAGAAAAAGGGCAAAAAUGGCCGUGUGUCUGGACGAGAGAAGAAUCCGGAGUCAGAAUGCAGGCUACUGGGGUAUUCAUGCCCUCCUACAUGAAGGGCCGUUUCUAUUAUUUUCCCUAUUACCUGAAUCCAUAAUUCAUCCUGACUGUUUAUCAUCUUCCGCUCCUCUGGCUGGUCAACCACCUGCAUCAUCCAUCAAAGUUCCAGUUCCCCUCCAACAACCUCAUCGUCCUUCGCGUAGUAUACUACCCCUCUUCCCGUCUUUUCUCUUCUUCUUCCACCUCUCACCCAAUUCUCCCUUCCGACCCUUUCACAAUCCCAAUGCGCUCCGUGGGCUAUUUCUACAGGAGCUACACUCGCGGUCCCUUCACCACUGCGCCAAUCCAUUAACUCGGGGCCAAUCCUUACCUGCCCCCACCAAAGAGAAAAGAAUUUAAAGAAGGGCAAAAAGGCACAAAUCAGAAAAGCGCAGCCAGAGUUCGACUACCGAAAUCUUUUUUUAUAGCAGUAUUGAAGAUCAAGGGAAGAAAAAGCAACCAGCAGCGUCUGGAUCGCCUGUCUGCUCUCUCCCAAAUCUGUCGGCGCUGGAGCAAGGACCAAAAAGAAGAAAAGAAAAGGAAAGGAAAAAAAAACUGGGGUAUGCAUUCAACAGAGGAAUGUGUCUCAUUCGCUCUGGAAUCAAUAAUCGUCCUGCUGCUGAGUUGAUCUCACCACUGACCCGAUGCUAGCUUCCGCCGUGCUGCACCUUGCUCUGUUCCCUGUAACUCUUCGUUAACGGCGGAGCCAAUUGCUGCCGUCCGCUGCUUUACUUCCGCCCCCCCUCGCGGACUGAUCUCAUCCUCUCGUCGCUUCUUAUCUACACCUUACACCUCGAACCCUUCCCUAUCCUGACUAUCUCCCGUUUCUGUCUCUGUGCGCUCUCUUAUCUGUUUUUUCCUUCUUCCUUACGGGCUUCCAAUUAGAGGAGCCCACGAGAUUACCAACCCCAGAUCAUGUCUGGGUUGACUCUCGGCGGUGGCCCUGGCCGCGUGCGACCGACACAAACCGCCUCCGGCUUUGCCGUUUCCCAUGAUUUCACCAACCUCGAUCGCUCGUCCUUUCCGGCCAGAGGCCCCGGCCAACACUCAGCCUCUUCGGCAGCCAACCACCCUUCCAACUUCUCCUCCCAUCAGUUCGCUGAGCCCGCUCAGUUCUCAGACGACUUCUCUUUAGGCUCGCCCCUCAGCCCCUCGGACUCGGCCCAGGACAACCUGCUCCACGACUCCCUGUUCCCCGAAUUGAAGACUGGUGAUGCUGCGAGAGGGUUCGACAGUCCUGAUGAGAUGCAGAGGAGGGAUCCGCUAGCGACUCAGAUAUGGAAGCUUUAUUCUAGAACAAAGGCUCAGUUGCCCAACCAGGAGCGCCUGGAAAAUCUGACUUGGCGAAUGAUGGCUAUGAGUCUAAGACGCAAGGAAAGGGAACGCCUUGAGCAACAAGCUCGCCUCGCCACCAGGGACACGACCGUUCCUGGAAUGAGUGGCAUUGCCCAGCUCCGCUUGACCGACCAGUCCUCCAACAACACUCCUACCACAGCUGCCGAUACGAUCCCCGACCCCAUGAACCUCGACGACUUCAUUAUUCCUUUCUCUCCUUCGGACAACCCGUCACCCCCAACAACAACGAAACACUCCGAGUCAACCACGGGCGCCAUUGCUAUCAAGUCCCGCAGGGACCAACAGCCUUCCGAAGCCACCCCCGUACCUGCGUCAUUCCCCCAUCCUCCCCAAGAUCAACGGAGGAACAGCGAGUUUGGCUACGUGCCGCGCAGGGUACGCAAAACCAGCAUUGACGAACGUCAGUUCUUCAACUUGCAGAUUCCGUCUCGCAAGCGGCCAGCAGAGUCGUCUCCCCACGUGCCUCCCGUCUCCAACAGCAUGCUGGCCCAUGACCCAGAGUUCGCGGGUGCCGUGCCGGAGUAUACUCUGGACGCUUCCUCUGGCCUUGCUCUGCACAACCAGAUGAAUGCUCAACAUCUCGCCGGUGUUCAUAACCACACUUCUCCCGGUAUGCCGUUCACUCUGGACACCUUCAAUCUCGGCGAAGACCCCAUCCUCCCGUCCGCCGGUCCUUACCAGUCCCAUUUUACAUUCUCUCCAAGCGAGUCGCCCAUGACUACUGGCAACCCCUUCGCCAAUCUGUACGCUCAGACUCCUAUCGCCUCGUCCCUUAACUCGACCGACUUCUUCUCUCCCCCGCCCUCCGGGUACCAGUCGACUGCCUCGACCCCGCAGCCCACAUACGAUGGCGAGCAGUCCAAAUACUUUGACAUGGCUAUCGACGCGCGGACCCAACGGCGUAUCGUUCCCACCUAUGUUACUCAACGGUCGUCCAACCUGUCUGCCUCCCUACAGCCGCGAUACGUUUACGGCCAAGGGAACUCGUCUCACGACGUCUCGCAUCAAGCUGCCCACAUGAGCAACCCACCGUCUACUAUGCACUCACCAGGUUUCUCUAUUCCACAACAUGUUGACCCCACGCAGGUCUUACCCCCCGGUGACUACACUAAUGGCAACAAUGCCGCCAUGUUCACUUUCGGUGCUGACUCUGACAAUGAGGAUGAUGAUGGCACUCAAUUCUCUAGCCGUGGACUGGCGAUGCCGGCCGAGUUUGGCGACGAGACUCUUGGUGAUCUAAACGGUGGCAUGCAGUGGGAUGCAUCAUACCCUGGCUCAUACCAGUCUUUGCCUGGAUUCGCGGCCCAGCAUCGAAAGCAUGUCACUAUUGGAUCUACAGAUAUGAUGGAAACUCCAGGCGAGUGGAACCAGGGCAGCCUCGGCCGGACCCACGGAUCGGCUGCAUCCGUUAGUGAGGUUCGCAACCGGGAUCAGGACCCUCGGCGCCAGAAGAUUGCUCGUACGGCAUCCACUCCAAACACAGCUCAGUUGCUGCGCCAGAGCAUGAACCCGGCUCCUACUUCUCACACCUCUCCCAACACGCCUCCCGAGUCUGGCUUGAGCAGUGCCGCCCCAUCUCGGCCUUCCAGCCCAGGUGGGACAAAGAAUGGAGAGCAGAACGGACCUACCACAUGCACUAACUGCUUCACACAAACUACCCCACUCUGGCGGCGUAACCCCGAAGGCCAGCCUCUGUGCAACGCCUGUGGUCUAUUCCUCAAGCUGCAUGGUGUGGUGCGUCCGCUCUCUCUGAAGACCGACGUCAUCAAGAAGCGUAACCGCAACAGCGCAAACACCCUCGCUGUUGGCUCUUCGCGUGCCUCCAAGAAGUCGUCUCGCAAGAACUCGGUUCAGCAGGCGUCUGCAUCUUUAACAAUCAGUCGCGCUCAAAGUGGAACCGCGUCCGAGUCGCCCCCAGCAAUGCCAGGUGGAUCGUCUCGAAGCUCCGGCGUCGUACCAAUUGCGGCAGCGCCUCCAAAAUCUACCCCAACAAACACUUCUCCAGGAGCGACCGGUCGUGGCGCGGUGCAGGUGGCACCGAAGCGUCAGCGCAGGUUAGAGAAGGCGUCCGAGGUCGAUAUGGCUGAUGACGCCAGUCGAUCCAGCACCUCCUCCGGUGGACGGUCCAAGGUGGUUGCCCUUGCUCCGGCAAUGCCUCCCGCGGCAGUGAACCCCGCAAACCACAGUAUCGCAGCUGGCCAGGGCGCGAGCCAAGAGUGGGAGUGGCUGACGAUGAGUCUGUGAUUUUAUUUUUCAUCUCUUCCGUUCUUUCGACCUGAACGCUGGAUACGCCUUUCAGAAUUACCCUUUCCACUUCACUCCGCAGUGAAUUUUUUAUGCGACGACUAUAGACCUGAUGACUACUGAGCUGGGACUCUCGCUAGAAGGAGCAGGCGUUUGGUGAUUGAAGCGGGACUUGACAGUCAGAACGGCUUCACGAUGGUAAUUGAUGGUUGACGAGUGAUGCAAUUUCGGUUCGGUUAUUUGUCUAUGGGUCUUUUCUUCUACCUUAAUUCCUUGGGCUGACGACAAUUCCCGCCGGAGAGCAACACCAGUACGAAAACGUCUGUCUGGAAAUCGUCAUGUCCGCUAUGCUUGUGAUUGUGAUUUCUGCUUGAUACAACCGCGUCUGUCCGGAACCUGGCCAUCGUCUUGUUUGUUUUUUUUUUUUUUUUCCUUUUU